CACGCGCCCAACCACUCACCCAACCACACAGCCACUCAUCCAACCACCCGGCCACUCACGACAACCGCCCAACCACGCACUCACACCACCCCCCGCCGCUACAUACACAAUGGCUCAACCACACAUUUGAGCACGUAUCCACUCACCCAGUCACACCGCCACACAACAUUCCCACACCCCCCGCUCGAGCAGCCUACGGGACCCCGCCCUCCCCACGGCAAAGUUGCGUCGUGUUUGGCGAAGCCUCCCCUCUAUGCCUGUUUUUGCUGCUUGCUCAGUGGCUGCGACUGUGGGCGCCCCUCUCUCUCUCUGCGGUGUGAGUGUGUGCGUCUCUCUAUCUCUCUGUGUGCGUGUGUGGGGUGAAAGUCGCGCCUCUCCGUCUCUCACUCUCUGUUGGUCUCUCGUCGCCGCGAAGCUCUUCUGCUACCGAGCCCUUUAGAGCAAAGGGCGCUCUCUAUAUCUCUGUGUGGUGUGAGUGUGCGUGUCUGUCUCUCUCUGGAUCUCUCUCUCUCUCGGCGUCUCUCGCCACGCGGGUUUUACGCUGGGUCGCCUGUCUCCGUCCGUGUGUCCGACGUGUCGAGCGUCGGGGUUACUACUGCGGCACGCACGGAGGCUUUUCGUCUCGCCUCGCGUUGGGUUUCGUCCUUGCAAGUUUUCGCGGAGAGAUAUUGUAUGAAGCGCCCUCGCUACGAACUGGACGGACAAAGCACGCCUUCGUGAGGCCUGCCUUCGGCUGCAACGCCCGCGAGUGGAGCCGACGCCGUCUCACCGUGGAGGUUGCCUCUCUUGUGGGGAAAUCGCUUGCAGCUAAAGGCCCGGAGUUGGUGGUGUGGCGUGGGAGGGGUGGGGAGGAGUGGUGGCGAGGGGACCUCAAAUAACCUGACAAGUUCACGUUCAACGACAUCGAUCACCCUCUUCGAUCGUUUGCCAGAAGAGUUAAAAAAAAUAUCAUUCACCCUGCGAGGGGGGGUGGGCUACUCCCGAAGCCGUCCACUUGACUCGGUCACCAACCCCGGAGUGAACAUUUUACACCGUUGCUGAUCAACUCGCCACCGUCCAAAGAAGAAAAAGGCCGUAGGUUUUUCCUCAUCUAGUGGAAAUUGCUGAGCGCGAAUUAUGCCCCGCGUGUUUCGCCUCGCGGGGGUUUAUCUCGCAUUGAAGUGAACCGAAAUCACCUCGUGUGAGAAUUUAUAAAAGAAAUCACUUGACUUCUUUACCCCUUUAGAGCUCCUCUUGUGUAGGCUCAGUCCUCCAGCAGAGUGUGGUGGGCGCAAACAGUUGCAGGGCUGUGCCUCUACCCCCCACUGCCUUCGAAUAGUUUUCAACUUUGUCGAUGACUAUCGUCAGUAGUACCACACAAAACUGAGGAUGGUCGUUUGAGGAUCGGAUUACACGGCACUCGAUGUUGCUGGGUAGGGCUUGAUUGAUACAGGAUAGCCACAGAUAAAAUUGGGCCCCGUCAGAUAUUUAUAGACGGAGAAGCGGCGGCGGGCCAUUGGUGGAGGGGAUAUUAAUACUCCCAAGACACAAGCCCCACUUUUAUCUUUGCAUUUCGGCUAAGUAGUUAUCUCUUCUUCAGAGGCAGAGAUAUGUAUUUUUAAAAGUAUAUUGGAAUUUUAGCCACGCAGCCGUCAAGCGUUUUAUGAUUAAUAUCUGCUCGCGUGAAAAUAGCUCUUAAAUCAAUUUGAAACUUGCCAAAUUAGCCACCUCCAGGGUGCACGGGGGUGGGUGGGGGGGACUCCCCAGCAGUACGUAGUGCCCACGACCCGCGAUUCCCUCUGCCGUGAACGCGACGGCGGCGAUGGCCGACAAUUUCAACUCGACUGCGGGCCCUACGGUGAGUGCCAACGGGAGCGACGAGCAUCGCUGCCAGCUGAACAAGGCCUUCCAGCAUGUCCUGCUGCCCACCUUCUACAGUAUCGCCUUCGUGCUCGGUCUCAUCGGUAAUGGCCUCGCCCUCUGGAUGUUCAGCUCGGCGCGCAUGCGCCCCUGGACGAGCAUUACGGUCUACAUGUUCAACCUGGCCCUCGCCGACCUCCUUUACAUAUUCACACUGCCCUUCCUCAUCUUUUACUACCUCAACCGCACCGACUGGAUCUUCGGCGAGGCGUGGUGCAAGGCGGAGCGCUUCAUCUUCCACGUGAACCUCUACGGGAGCAUCCUCUUCCUCACGUGCAUCUCAGCGCACCGCUACGCCGGCGUGGUGCACACCAUGCGCUCGCUCGGGCGCCUCAAGCGCCGGCACGCACGCCUCGUGAGCGCCGUCGUGUGGGCCGUGGUGGUCGCCGAGGUUUUCCCCAGCCUCAUCUUCGCCAAGACGGGCAAUAACCACUCUGGUGGCAAGACCUGCUACGACACGGCACCGGAGGAUGAGUUGGAGCGCUACCUGACCUACAACGUGGCCGUGACGGUGCUCGGCUUCCUGGUGCCCUUCGUGGUCAUCCUCGUGUGCUAUGGCUUCAUUGCGCGCAAGCUCGUGCAACACCAGCUGUCCAACGCCACGCUGCGGCAGCGCUCGCUGCGCCUCGUCGUCAUCGUCAUGAUCUCCUUCUCCGUCUGCUUCCUGCCGUACCACGUGAUGCGCAAUGUCAACAUCCUGGCCCGCCUCUACCUGGGGCCCAGCGAGUGUGAGCUGUCGGCCCGCAUCUAUGCCGUCUACCAGGUGACGCGCGGACUUGCCAGCAUCAACAGCUGCAUCGACCCGGUGCUCUACUUCCUCGCGGGUGACACCUUCCGCCGGCGUGUCAGCACUACCAAGCGGCGGCGGCAGCAGCAGCAGCAGCACCAUCCGCUCACAGCCAAGCGGCUGCCUGUGCUGGAGCGAGCCGCGCAGGAGGAGGAGGACAGCGUGCCUCGGUCCUUCAACACCAUCACCGAGCAGGCAGAGGACAAGAGCAAAGUGUCGUACAUCAAGGCUGAGCAGUGAGCCGGGACGUGAUGAGGAGGGGGAAGAGGUGGUGGUUCGAAGAGCGGGAGGAGGUGGUGCGAUGAGGAGGUGGUGCGAUGAGGAGGAGGAGGUGCGAGAAGGAGCAGACACAAUGAGGUGGAGGAGGUGCGGAAUGGCCCCGGUGCCUUGUCGUUCGAUGAACCACUUUGAACCCUCCGGCCCCACCUAUCUCACUCACUCAUCGCUGCAGUCGUCGCAGAACCUUGGUGCAGCCGUCGCAAUUCUGCGACCCCGGCACCCGUUAUCACGAGCGUCGAGUCGACCGCGCCAACUGAACUCUCGCAAUGGUCUAGUGGACGCCCCCCCCCCCCCCGGCCCCGGCCCCACAGCGUGGCCGCUGCAUCUCCUGGAGUCCCUAGCACUUUGUCCUCGACAAAAAAAUUGCUUUGUUGACGUGUAGGUUAACCGGCACCACCCCAGUCAGGUCAGAUGGCGUGUGUAUCCAUCACCAGCGGAACACGACAGAUUCCGAAUGUUUAUUUAUACUGGAGGAAUACGAUGAGCUACAAAGCUAUUUUUCACAUAUGUUCAGUGGUGGCGGGGGGGGGGGGUCAGAAGGUUACG